AUGUUGUCCGAGAUCGCCGUCAAAAUGCUGGCAGAGUGGUCCACAGAGCCGCAGCCGGCACGUCGCCGCCGAGAUCUCGCCAACAUUCUCACAGAGCGGUCGGGCGUGUGUGGUCCUGCUCGUCGGAUCACUACAGAAAAAGACGCCUUCAAAUUGUUCAUCACGGACAGCAUGCUCAAAAAGAUCACGGACAGGACCAACCACAGGCUGGAGAUCGAGCGUGGCCGAGUGCGGGAAGCCGAAUUGAGACAAAGAGAGCAGCAUCUCUACCAGCCUACCACGGAAACUGAAAUUGAGGCUCUGCUGGGUCUAUUUGUGCUCCGCGGCUUUUAUAAGAAGCUGACGGUCAAGCAGCUCUUUGACCCAGUAACGGGACCAGCCAUUUUCAGGGCGACGAUGGGAGCGAGGAGGUUCGGCAUGCUCCUGAACAUGCUGACCUUUGACGAUCGCAGCACCCGUGACGAGCGCCGAAAGGGGGACAAGUUUUGUCCCCUGCGAGAGCUCUUCGAUGAACUGAACACGAAUCUCCGUCUUCACUACAAACCGACAGAGUGCAUCACGGUUAAUGAGAGCCUCCUGCGGUUCAGAGGGCGCUGCUCGUUCCGGAUGUACGGACUGCUCUUCUACACCGCCGCAGAUGCCAACAUCAGGUACAUGUGGAAGGCCUGGCCGUACUCCGGACGCCCGCAGGAGCCAGACUUGUCGCCACCGAACACCACUCUGGACGUAUCCGGCAUCGUGCACCACCUGGUACAGGAGGUCAAGGGCUCUGGCAGGAAUGUCACAUGUGACCGGCUCUUCACCUCGGUGCCACUCGCUGAAGAGCUGAUGGCCGACAGGCUGACGCUCUUGGGCACUCUGAAGAGCUCCAGACGCCUCCUACCGAAGGAGUUGACAGUGGCGCAAGGGCGGACGGAAAACUCAACAGAAUUCGCCUUCCGACAAGGAAUGACAUUCGUGUCACACUGCCCCCGCCGAGGAAAGCUGGUCCUCGCCUUGUCGACUCAGCACCAGGCGCCCUUCGUCGACGAGGUCAGCGGCAAGCCGGAGAUCAUCAUGGCCUACAACGCAACGAAAGGCGGCGUUGAUGUUCUCGACGCCAUGAUCGAAUCCUACAUGGGGAAGCCACCACUACACCGCUGGCCUACGGCUGCCUUCUUCUUCAUGCUCGGCGUGGUCGAGAUCAACGCAACCACCAUACUCAUGCUCAACAGAGGACAGUCAGCUGCUGAUACGAAGAGUGGCGUCCGGCGUGCCCUCAUCUAUGAAAUGGGAAAACAGCUGGUCAUGCCUCAGGUGCACGAGAGGACGGCCAACCCCACUGGGCUGAACAGCAAGUCACUGGACGCCCUCAGGUGUGUCGCCACGCGAGACACCGAAGACAGCAGGGAAGCAGGAGGACGUGAUCUAGGCUGCAGUCGCAGCCGACCUAGUGGCAGCGGCGACGUGGCGGCUAGCUGUGCGGCAGGCGGUAGCAGUGGCACUCAUUCAGGUGCAUCCUCCGCAAAGGGACGCUGCUGGGCAUGCCUGGAACUUCUGGUGGGAACUCCUAGCUACAAGCAGCAAAAGUCCCAGCUGACCAAAAAGCCGCCGUGCUGCAAGUGCAUGCG